AGUCCAAGCAAAACCUGCCUUUCCUCAGGGGGAAAAACCCAACAAAUCGAAGCAGAUAACGAGGGAGUGGUUUGUUCUAACUAAACGGAAUUCGAUACCUGCACUUCAGCAUUCAUUAUACAGACUGUUUCAGCUCUCAGAAACCAUGCACAUGUUCCAGUGGUGUCGUUCAUCUUAAUUUGUAAGCUUCUAACUUCACUUUGUAGAACUUGAAAAUUAUUGUCAAUUUACAAACCAGGUUUUUCUCUAUAAAUUUUAAGAUUCAUAAAAUAUUGUAAUGGUUAAUAUUAUUACAGUAUUUAAUGUGUGUUAAAAAAAAACAAAAAAAAAAAAAAACAGGAUGAGCUUUAAGGUGCAGUCACUUUUAGUUUUUGCAAUCAGGAAGUUGGGGCAGGUGAGGGACAGUUUGUGGCCUUUGUUCCUCAUUUCUGAUCUUGUGGUGACAUGCAGGGAGUGAGUCAUGUAUAUGCUGAAGUCAUUAAUACCUCACGACACUGUGUUGACAGAACACUUCCUGGAGAGCUCAGUGUUCAUGAUCCCUUAAAGAUGUUGGAUCCAACUUGGAGAGACAGCGGUGGAAGCCAGAAUUUUGAAGACUUUAUUAUUACUGAUCCCAGACCAUCUGUGCAUAGAAGGAACACCGUGAAAGAGCUGCUAAUGCUGAGACGCCAAAAAUGGAAAUGCUCAGAGGAAGACAACAUCCCAGAGCAUAAAUUAAAAUAUACAAGAUCAGAAGCUUUCCCUAACGAUUCCAGUCUUCAACCUUUAACCACUCCACUGGCAGUAAACCCAAAUAUCCCUGAUUAUGUCCUGAAUGCUGCUCCUGGGAACAGUCUCUUCACCUCACAACAACUGCAAUAUCCCUCUCUGCUGCAGGGACAAGCAGCUCCAACUGUAGAGGUUAAAAUGACUUUAUUUAACUGGCAAAUCCAGCAGGAGGCAAUGAAAAUGGAAGGAGUUUCACCUGAGCAGCUGAACAUGCAAGAUGCAGACGGUGACACAUUUCUUCACAUAGCAGUGGCUCAAGGUAGACGGGCUUUGGCGUAUGUGCUUGCUGCAAAAAUGGGUCUGAAUGGUUCAUUGGAUAUCAAAGAGCACAAUGGACAGACUGCACUUCAGAUAGCAGCUGCCACUAAUCAGCACCUUAUUGUCUCUGACCUGCUUGUAUGUGGAGCUAAAGUGAACACCCAAGACCUCUGGGGCCGCUCUCCUUUACAUGUGUGUGCUGAGAAAGGCUACUUCCCAUGUCUUCAGAGUAUCUGCAGGACCUUAACAGAGACCGGUCAGCCACUUGUUGUUGAAAUGUUUAAUUAUGAUGGUUUAACCCCGCUUCAUGCAGCCGUCCUGUCUCACAACGCUGUCAUCAAAGACCUUCGAAGUCUGGAUAAAUCCACCACAUGCAUGGCCACAGAAAGGCAGGUGAAAAGGAGAUACAUGUAUCUGGAAUGUAUCAAGACUCUGCUGCACAUGGGUGCCUCCUGUGAGACAAAGGAACGUAAAAGUGGACGUACAUGUCUUCAUAUGGCGGCAGAGGAGGCAAACAUGGAGCUGCUACAUCUGUUCCUUGAGCAGCCGUCUUUUCUGUCCUUAGUGAAACAGAAGACUUUUAGUGGAAACACAGCGCUGCAUAUUGUCAGCUCUUUGCAAAACCAUAAAGCUCAAGUGGAAGCGGUGCGACUAUUGAUGAGGAAAGGAGCCGAUCCUGGAAGCAGAAACAGUGAGAAUGAGCUGCCGUCUCAGCUGGUGCCUGAAGGACCCACUGGAGAAAAGGUGCGACGGAUCCUUAAAGGGAAAUAUGUUCAUGCUUAAAUGAAGCUCGAGAACACUGUCAGUCAGACAGUCCAACUAAAGAGUAUUUGCCACAAGGCAGAUGGAAGUUGUUUCAGUGAAACUUUUUGUAUGUUCAUUACCAUGUAAUGUCUUUCUCAUUUACUUACCUUUGUUUUGGGAUUUCGAGAACUUUCUGAUUAACAUCCUUUGUAUUUGUUAAAACAUAAGUACACUAUUUUUAGUCUUUUUGUGCAGAAAUGACACUGUAUAUAACAUACAUGAUUAUGAGUGCAAAUCAUAAUGGCACCUGAUUGUUUAAAUUGAGAAAUGAUAAACCUGUCUAUUAAGUGUUUUGCAUGAUCAUUUAUUUUUUAGGGGUUUAAAUAUGUUGGUGAAAGUACUGAUAAAAUCUUCUGAAAUGACUUGUAAAGUUUUACCGUAUUUGUUAUGCAUGUUGCCUAUGUAUCUUACCAAGAACUUUUAUAGUGAGCAAAUCUUCAUAAUGGCACCUGAUUGUUUUAAGAAUUGAGAAAUGAUAAGCUUGUCUAAGUGUUUUACAUGACCAUUUAUUUUUUUAGGGGUUUAAAUAUGUAGAGGUGAAAGUACUGAAAAUCUUUUGAAAGGAUUUGUAAAGUUUUAUCAUAUUUGUUAUGCAUGUUGCCUAUGUAUCUUACCAAGAACAUUGAUAGUCAAGUUCAGUUUGGUUUUUUGGCGUUUCAGUAAUAAUUGAUAUUUACACAUUUUAGUAGUAAGUAGUAGUCACCUCUAAGUUACAUGUGAUUAUGAUUUCUGAAAAUAAAGAAUCCAUUUAGAGACAAAGGUG